AUAUUGGAUUUGCGUACAGGGAAAGCCACUUAGCGAUAGAUUAUUUACAUUAGACUCGGUCAGUUACAUUGCCACCCACCGGCUCCCAUUACAUUCCAACAGAAGCUUCUUUUCCUUGGAAAAGGCUUCACGACUCUCCAAAUCUUUUCAAAGAUCCACCGUUUAAUUUUAUUUUCAUGAUUGAGAAAGGAAAUUAAUUUCAUCUCAUCUCCAUCUCCAUAUCCAUAUCCUUCUGAAUCAUUCGAAAUCGCUCUCUCUUGCAAAAUGCAUCUCCAUCUUUUUCCAGUUUUCCUUAUCCUCCUGUUCAUGUUCAUGGUCCCUGUUCCGAGGGUUGUGUGCGAGGAAAAUCAACAAUUCGUCAACUGCGGCGCACAGUAUGAGUGCGGGAAUAUGAAUAUUAGUUAUCCUUUCUGGGGAGGGAGCCGCCCUCCUUACUGUGGCCAUCCAGGGUUCGAGCUGACUUGUAAUGGUGAAGCCCCGGUGUUUACAAUGAAGGAGGCGAGUUACCGAAUCCUGGAUAUCAAUAACUCAUUCCAUACUCUCACCGUUGCUAGGGCGGAUUACUGGGAUAGUUACUGCCCUCCUACAUAUGUUAACACUACUCUGAAUGAAUCCAUUUUUAGUUAUAAUGCCACCUAUACGGACGUGACCCUCUACUAUGAUUGUCCCCAACUUACUAUCGCGCCUUCCAACCAGUUCAAUUGCACCAAUAUCAUUGGUUACUAUACAACACUGGAUUUUAACCUUGGCGUAAGCAUAGGGAGUUGCGAUGUGUAUGUGACAGUUCCGAUUUUCAAGUCAGCAGCUACCGCUAUAGUGAGCGGUGGAGGUACACUGACUCUUCUUACAGAAGCUCUUAAGGGUGGUUUCGGGUUGGAGUGGAAUGCCAGUAAUAGUUUGUGUACAGAAUGUGUUGAAUCCGGUGGGCGGUGCGGCUAUACCUCCAACCAAUUCAUAUGCUAUUGUCGGAAUGGGUAUUCUCCCUCCACUUGCCAAAACAAAACAAGCCCAUCAGGAAUCGUGACAAAAAAGGCCAUAGGUAUCUCCGCAGGCGUGGCUGGGAUCAUAGUAGUUUUGGCGGUGAUUUGUUGCCUUAGAAGAAAAUGCUUAUUAGGUAAGACACUGGUCUUCUGGAAAAAGGAAACAGGGGAUAAUCAAAAUGUGGAAGCAUUUGUAAGGAACUAUGGAUCCUUAGCUCCAAAGAGAUACAAGUAUUCAGUUGUUAAGAAAAUGACCAACUCAUUCACAUGUAAAUUAGGUCAAGGGGGAUUUGGUUGUGUGUACCAAGGAAAGCUCCCUGAUGGUCGUCAGGUGGCAGUGAAACUCUUGAGUGAGUCAAAGGGUAAUGGGGAAGAGUUUAUUAAUGAAGUUGCUAGCUUCAGUAGAACCUCUCAUGUUAAUAUAGUCACCCUUGUGGGUUUCUGUUUCGAGGGUACUAGAAGAGCUCUGAUUUAUGAAUUCAUGCCCAACGGAUCUCUCGAUAAGCUCAUCUACCAGAAAGGAUCUCCCAAUGCAAACUUGAAGCUGGAAUGGAAAACCAUGUACCAAAUUGCAGUUGGCAUUGCUCGAGGACUGGAAUACUUAUACAGAGGUUGCAACACAAGGAUUUUGCAUUUUGACAUAAAACCUCACAACAUUCUUUUAGAUGAAGACUUCUGCCCGAAAAUUUCUGAUUUUGGCCUUGCUAAGCUGUGCCAGAGGAAAGAAAGCAUGGUGUCAAUGGCGCAUGCAAGAGGCACAGCUGGAUACAUAGCUCCUGAAGUAUUCUGUAGAAAUUUUGGAGGAGUCUCUCAUAAAUCUGAUGUCUACAGCUAUGGAAUGUUGGUUUUUGAAAUGAUUGGAGGAAGAAAGAAUAUUGAUGCGCAAGUGUCUCACACCAGCCAAAUAUAUUUUCCAACUUGGAUUUAUAAGCAGCUCCAACCAGGCGAGGAUCUUAUACUCCAUAGUAUCACCAAUGAAGAGGAGGAAGAAACGGCAAGGAAGAUGGUUUUAGUAAGUUUGUGGUGCAUUCAGCUCAAUCCAUCAGACCGACCAUCAAUUGAUAAGGUAGUAGAGAUGUUGGAAGGAAGCCUUCAAUCCUUAGAGAUUCCACCAAAUCCUUUCAUGUUUCCUACUCAAAAUGCAACACAAGAUCCUUCCACGCAAUUCUCAAAACUUCAACCAUUGACUCUUUUCUGCGUGGUUGAGAUGGAUUUUCAUGUGGCCUACUGUCUAUCAAAGACCCCAGUUGGAUUAUCUAGCUUGGCUUCAUUUACACGAAAUACAGGAAUGGAGAUGAUUUGGCCAUUCAUGACCAGUGAUACCCAACCAGACAAGCAUUUUUGGAUUAACCUCCUCGAUCCUCCCAUGGCAGAUUCUUCCUUCUCCUUCAACACCAUGAUCCACAUGAUCACUAUUAAACUCUCCUCCACAAAUUAUCUUCUCUGGCGAAAUCAACUUCUCCCUCUUCUUCAAUGUCAGAAUCUCCUUAGCCAUGUCGAUGGUUCUGUUGCGCCGCCUCCAAUCACUAUAGCCGUUGAUUCUUCUUCUUCUCAACCGAAUCCUCAAUAUGUGGCAUGGCAACUUCAAGACCAACGUCUUCUCAGUCUCCUCUUCUCCUCCUUGACUGAAGAAGCCAUGGUCGAAGUUCUUGGUCUCACCACCGCUCGUGAUGUCUGGCUUGCCUUGGAAAAUUCCUUCAGCCAUAUUUCCAAGACUCGUGAGCUUCGCAUCAAAGAUGAUUUGCAGCUCAUCAAACGUGGCACCCGAAGUGUCACUGAAUAUUCUCGUUCAUUCAAGGCUUUAUGUGAUCAACUCACUGCAAUGGGUCGCUCGGUUGAUGACACCGACAAAGUCCACUGGUAUCUCAGAGGAUUGGGCGCUGAUUUUGCUAAUUUUUCCACUGCCCAAAUGUCUCUCACCCCAUUACCGGUUUUCAAAGACUUGGUUCCUAAAGCUGAAAGCUUUGAGAUUUUCCAGAAGUCACUCGGGUCCUCCUUCCCUGUUUCUUCUGCUGCUUUUACUGCCACUAAUGGAUCUUUUCCUUCAUCUCGGGGUGGUAGUUCCUCCAAGUCCCGUCGUUCUCGCGGUGGCUACCAUGGAGGCCAUGGACAUGGACGUGGUAAACGUGGUUCCUAUAUUCCUCGGUGUCAAAUCUGCAAGACUGAAGGUCACACUGCUGAUCGAUGCAGGAGCCGUUACAAUCGUGCUGAACCUACAACACAACUUGCUGAAGCCUUUACCACAGCCUGUUCUCUCUCUAAUGGCUCGGAAUCUGAUUGGUUCACCGAUACCAGAGCAUCCGCUCACAUGACCCCUGAUCCUUCUCAGUUGGACAAGGUUGAGCCUUAUCAUGGUAAGGACUGCGUAAUAGUAGGAAAUGGUGCUUCUCUUCCUAUUACACACACUGGCACGCUCUCUUCCUCUUCCAAUUUUCAACUUUUAGAUGUUCUUGUUGUUCCCCGUCUUACCAAAAACUUGUUGUCCAUAAGCAAACUGACGUCUGAUUUUCCUCUCUCUGUCACAUUUUCUCAUGAUAAUUUUGUUGUCCAGAAUCGAAUAACAAGAAUGGCAGUGGCAAAAGGUAAACGCGCAGGUGGUUUGUAUGUGCUGGAACGUGGUCACUCUGCAUUUGCUUCUGUCCUUAGAAAUAAGAAUUUACAUGCGUCCUUUGAAUUAUGGCAUGCUCGUCUUGGUCAUUAUUGGGUUGACGCUUUCAGCACAGCGACCUACAUUAUCAACCGGCUGCCUCUGCCUGUUCUUGGUGGUCUUUCACCUUUUGAAGUUUUAUUUGGUUUUCGUUGUUUUGACACCACAACCUCUCGCACAUAUAUUACACGACAUGCUCGCUUUGAUGAACAUUUUUUCCCUUUUUCAAAUACUUCCAGUGCCACUUCUAUUGCUGACAUCGGUCUCUCAAAUUUUUUUGAACCCUGCGCCCUUGAACCAUCUCCUAGCACAUCAUCUCCUACUACUACGCGGGUCCCUCCUUCUCCUCCUUGCCAUUUUUGUGCGGAUGAUUUUGCUGUUGAGCCCUUGCAGGUUUCCUCUUCUGCUCCAGAGUCCACAUCUUCUUCAGCUGCGGUCUCGCCCGUACCUGCCUCUGCGACGACCUUGGUUCCUUUUGCUGCUCCCAUGGACCCGAUUCAUACCACUACUUCAGCGGCUCCUGCCUCUCAUCCCAUGAUUACACGUGCCAAAUCCGGAAUUUUCAAGCCACGGCACCCCGCUCAUCUCAGUUUUGUGCAGUCUUCUCCAUUGAUCCAUGCCCUACUUGCCACUUCUGAGCCUAAGGGAUUUAAAUCAGCUGCCAAAAACCCAGCUUGGCUUGCUGCCAUGGAUGACAAAAUCAAGGCGCUUCAAACAAAUCACACUUGGGAUCUUGUUCCUCGGCCCUCCAAUACUAAUAUUGUCGGUUCCAAAUGGGUUUUUCGAACUAAAUUUCUUUCCUAUGGAUCCAUUGAGCGCUUCAAAGCACGCCUCGUUGCAAAGGGCUACACUCAACUUCCCGGUCUUGAUUACAAGGACACCUUCAGCCCUGUCGUUAAAGCCUCCACAGUUCGUGUUGUCCUCUCUCUCGCUGUGUCUCACAAAUGGCCCCUACGUCAACUUGAUGUCAAAAAUGCCUUUCUCAAUGGCAUUCUUCAUGAAACUGUUUAUAUGGAGCAGCCACUGGGCUAUGUUGAUCCUCGCCAUCCCCUUCAUGUUUGCAAAUUAAAGAAGGCUCUCUACGGCUUGAAACAAGCACCUCGUGCUUGGUUUCAACGUUUUAGUUCAUUUCUUCUAAAACUUGGUUUUUUUUGCAGCCGCGCAGACACUUCUUUAUUUGUGUUCACUAAGAAGGAUGAUCUUAUUUAUCUCCUUCUUUACGUCGACGACAUCAUCCUCACUGGAAAUAACCCUGCUCUCAUCAAUCGGUUUAUCUCCCAGCUGCACUCUGAAUUUGCUGUCAAGGACUUAGGCCCGUUGAGUUAUUUUCUUGGACUCGAGGUAUCUUACAUUCCAGACGGUUUUUUCCUCAGCCAAGUUAAAUAUGCUACCGAUAUCUUGGCUCGUGCUCAACUGCUGGACAGCAAACCAGUUCCUACUCCCAUGAUUGUCUCUCAACGACUCUCCUCUGAAGGUACUCCAUUUGCGGAUCCCACCCUCUACCGUUCCUUAGUAGGUGCCUUGCAGUAUUUAACGAUCACGCGUCCUAAUCUUGCCCACUCAAUCAACUCUGUAAGUCAGUUUCUCCAUGCGCCUACUGAAGUUCACUUUCAGGCAGUCAAGCGCAUCCUUCGCUAUGUUCAAGGAACACUUCAUUUUGGUCUCAAGUUCACUUCAUGCUCUUCAAUGGGCUUAGUUGCAUACUCAGAUGCGGAUUGGGCUGGCUGCCCGGACACUAGACGCUCCACCUCUGGCUACUCAAUUUUUCUUGGCAAUAAUCUUGUCUCUUGGAGUGCCAAGAAACAGCCAACAGUUUCUCGUUCAAGCUGCGAAUCCGAGUACCGCGCUCUCGCCCUUACUGCUGCUAAAGUUUUAUGGCUCACUCAUCUCCUACGUGAUCUUCGGGUUACUUUAACUCACCGACCUCUCCUUCUUUGUGACAACAAGAGUGCAAUUUUCUUGAGCUCCAAUCCCGUGUCCCAUAAGCGCGCCAAGCACGUUGACCUUGAUUAUCAUUUCCUCCGUGAGCUCAUUGUUGCUGGCACUCUUCGCAUUCAACAUAUCCCGUCUCACUUACAAUUGGCGGACGUCUUCACCAAGAGUGUCUCACGGGAUCUUUAUGUCUUCUUUCGCUCCAAGCUCCGAGUUUGUGUUAAUCCCACUCUUAGCUUGCGGGGGGCUGUAGAGGAUUCCAGUAAAUCAGUUCUUGAUUUACGUGUGGUGGUUUUACAAACAUUCUUAACCUACCCUUUCUGGGGGAGUCCCCGGCCACCAUACUGUGGCCUUCCAGAGUUCAAGAUCGAGUGCCAAGACGAAGUCCCAGUGAUACAGAUUAUGUCUGAAAGCUUCCGGGUGUUGAAAAUCAAUCAUGACAAUCAUAUUCUGAGGCUUACUAGGCUAGAUUUAUAUAACGGUACUUGUCCCUCAAGAUUCUUGAACACCACCAUGAAUUACCUGUUUAGUUAUUCUCCCCAUUUCGGGAACCUCACCCGCUUCUUUGGUUGCUCAUCUGCAAGUCCAGCCUUAGCCUCAAAUAAAUUUAGCUGUCGCAGAAAUAAUACAUCCAGUAUUGAAACUGGCUAUUUCACGAUUGGCUCCAUUCCAACUAAUGGAAACCUUGGCAAUUGUAAUGUUAGUAUCACUGUUCCCGUGCUUCCAUCAGCAGUGUCGGCUAUCAUAAACAAUUCGGCAUCUCUGGAACAAGUUUUGAAUGAUGGAUUCGAAGUGCUAUGGAUUAUUGACGACACAGCUUGUUCAGAAUGUAUGGGAUCUGGUGGGCGGUGCGGAUACAAUACUAGUCAUUUCCAACCCAUCUGUUUUUGCUCUGAUCAACCUUAUCUAUUGCGGUGUCCAGCCCUACCGGGCACAACUGUACAAGACCACAAGCCUGAUGUGGGAAUCUUGAUUCUUAUAGCUGCAUUGUUGUUUGGGGUUUGCAGUAUUAUGGUGGUAGCAGUUUUUAUCUGGAGCUUAAGAAGAAAAUCUUCAUCAAAUACUUGGAGAGUCUUUUGGAAGAAAACAAGGAAUUCUCAAAAUGUAGAGGCUUUUCUAGAAAAAUAUGCAUCCUUGGCUCCUAAAAGAUAUAGUUAUUCAGAUGUGAAGAAAAUGACUGACUCAUUCAGAAAUAAAUUAGGUCAAGGAGGCUAUGGCAUUGUGUACAAAGGAAACCUACCUGAUGGUCAUCUAGUGGUAGUGAAGAUCUUGAGUGAGCCCAAAGGCAAUGGAGAAGAGUUUAUUAAUGAGGUUGCCAGCAUUAGCAGGACUUCACAUGUAAAUAUUGUAACCCUUCUAGGCUUCUGCUUUGAGGGACACAAAAGAGCUCUCAUCUAUGAGUUCAUGCCCAGUGGAUCACUCGAGAAGUACAUAUAUGAUGAGAAUCAACCAAGGAAAAUCCCCCCCUUAGGAUGGGAAAAAAUCUAUCGAAUUGCAAUUGGCAUUGCUCAUGGUUUAGAGUACCUACACAGUGGCUGUAAUACCCGAAUACUCCAUCUGGAUAUCAAACCACAAAACAUCCUUCUAGACCAAGAUUUCACCCCAAAGAUAUGUGACUUUGGUCUGGCAAAACUGUGCCCCACCAAAGAGAGCUCCAUGUCAUUGUUGAGUGCAAGAGGAACAGUGGGGUAUGUUGCACCAGAAGUGUUCUCAAGAAACUUUGGAGUAGUCUCCCACAAGUCUGAUGUUUAUAGUUUUGGAAUGAUGAUUCUAGAAAUGGUUGCAGGAAGGAAGAUCAUUGACACUGGAGCCAGCCGCAGCAGUGAAAUAUACUUUCCACACUGGAUCUAUAAGCAUCUGGAGCUCGAAGAUGAUCAUCUAAAGCUGCAACAUAUCUUCAGUGAAGGAGGGGAACCAGUUGCAAGAAAGAUGAUUUUUGUGGGGUUGUGGUGCAUACAGACCAAUCCAGCAAAUCGACCUUCAAUACAUAAAGCAGUAGAUAUGUUAGAAGGUAGUCAUGAAGAUCUUCAAAUCCCACCCAAGCCUUUUCCUUCUUCUCCUGUAAGAACACCACCAGGUACUCCAACCACAUCCUCUACCAAUCUUUUCCAAAGUAGUGAUGAAUAUACCUCUACUAUCACAUUGGCAUAAGCCAUUUAUUAUGUAAGCAAAUGUAGAAUUCUCUCUUUGAAAGAUCAAAACUUGACUGUACAUGUUAGAGAAAAUUGAGAUUGCUUUACAGGUUAUAUCAUAUAUGGGAGGAGAAUCAACAUUUUGUCAA